AUGUUCUCGAAACAACACGAACAUGUUAGUUUCAUUCCGGACCUGUCCCCUGAGCUUCGCGACGAAGGGGAUUGGAUGAUCGGGCGACUGAGAACCUUCGAAUUCCUGAUUGAUGUCUCCUCAUUCGCCAUUGAACCAACUUCUGGCCUUUUGGCGGUCGGUACGUCUAGCGGGAGUAUCUACUUGUACGGCGGCGCGGGUGUGGAAUGUAAGAUAACUCUGCCCCAAGACUUUGCAGUGCGCUUCCUGUCUUUCGCGGUCGUAACAUCCAAUAUCGUCGCGCUUGAUGACAACAAUCAGCUUCAUGUUUGGGAUCUUUCGAACUUUGGGGGACCAAAGAUCGUCUCAACCACAAAAUUUGAUCCAGUCAAGUCAGUUCUCACACCACACCCCCACUUUAGACACUCAGGUCCAUUUCGAUGCAGCUCUAUUACCCUUUCGCCUUCGCAUACACACGUUUUCCUUGCCUUGCAGACUGGAGAAAUCAAAACAUUUGACCUCACUUGCUUUCGGAAGUCCCCGUACACCGUGCCAAACUUAUGGAAACUCCACAUUAAGGAUAUGGCUGCCAGUGGUGUCCCUAUUGCUGCCGAUUUAAACUCUCUCCUACUUCUAGAAGUAGUGAUACAUCCACGAGAUCUAAAUUUGGUGUUUGUGGCCUACACAGGAGGAGUGAUUUUGAGUGACCUUACCCAACGAAGCAGCGUUCAUGCAUAUGAGCUAGUCCUUCCUCCAGGUGCGCCUGGCGGGACGGGAUACGGAAUAGAGGACAUAUUCGAGCAUCGCCGACCAGAGGUAACGGCAAUAGCAGUACAUCCAACAGGGCACUUUUUCGCAGUUGGACAUUCUGACGGCUCUAUCGCAUUUUGGGCAGUAGAUGACCAAGAAAAACCUCUGCUUGUCCGUACCAUCGAGACAGUCGACGUCAAUAUCGUUGAUGCUGAUGGGCUAGAGACUUAUCUGACGGAGGGCAAACCCAAUUCUUCAAAGUCCAUCCGAGAAUCUAUUUUCAAACUUUCCUGGAGUGGAUUCUCUAACUCAGCGGAUCUGAGGGGCGGAGACACUGUAUUGACUAUCUUGGGCGGUCUUUUGACGGACACGUCUCCCGGCUUGACCACUCUCCUCCUUCCUCCGUUUCAACCCUCGGAGCCACCUCCUGGUCCGUCUACUGCCCUGCAUCCGCACUUUAGGGAUGCCAUGUGCCGAUCUAUCGAGCCUACAAAAUCUUUCUUCUAUCGUACGAGUGGCGUUGUUCAAGAUUAUCUCCUGAUUCCCACAAGUAGUCCCCACUUUUCUGGCAGUUUCGACCCGUAUGCUAUCAUAUUUCUUGUUGAUUUUGUCAGGAGUACACGAGCUACUGAAGGAUAUUUAUUUCCGCCUUCUGGUUUUUUUACACGAGAAGCCUCGUCUUCUGAUCGGGUCGAAAGCAGGGCCAUCGACGUUCGCACCUUGCGGCUCCCCUUCUCGCUUUCAAAUGGCAAUGCUGGCAUUCUUGGCGGACGCCUCAUAAGCCUAGAAAAGGACGUUUACCACCUCUUCAUAGGCGAUCGAUCAGUAGAUGAGCGGAAUUUGGUGCUCAAAGGUGGUCGAGCAUUUGCAGAUCAAACGAAGCAGAACGAGCUCAGGUUAUCCAAGUAUCAACCUCCCCGCAUUUUGAUGACUUACCAUCUCAACCUCAAAGUCCAAUUUUUUGACGUCAGCGCUCAACUGUUAGUCAGUUCUGGCACUGAUCCACUACAAAACCAUUUCCCCGACGCUUUUCCAACAAUGACGAUAGAUUUGAGCGAUGUGGUUUCCAACGCUACUGGUGACCGAAUAUUCUUCCCCGACAAGGAAACAUCAAUCCAUUCUGUUGAAGUCGCGCCGGAGGCGCUUGAGUUCGCAGUGGUUCUCAAUACUGGGGAUGUCGUUGUUUAUCGGUCAUCACCAACUUCGCCCAAUGUUGCAAACAUCCCAGACAGUCAAAUCACUCCACUCAAGCAGGUAGUGCCUCAACCGGAAAAACGACUCUCUCCGUACUUUUUGAUCCCUGCUGGGAAAGGCAACGUGGAAGCCUGCGCUCUCUCUGACAUUGGUUUUCUUGCCGUCUCGUAUUCGGAUGGUUCCCUUUUAAUCCUUGACAUGCGCGGCCCGAGAAUCAUUCAUAGCGCAGUCGUUAAGAAACACAGGGCGAAGCCUACCAUUGGUUUGUCUGGAGUAGGCCACCAUGCGUCUCACUUUGAUGUAGUCACGUCGUUGGUCUGGACAAUCGCUCCGCUUUCAAAAGACUUCGAAGCGCGCGUUCGCCUCAUCGCUUCCUGCUCAUCUGGCGAUAGCGAGGUGUUUACACUCGUUCCGUCCGGGAAUCCGGCCUCCUGGAAAGUAUCUGGCGAACCAAUCACAAUCAAGGGAAUAUGGGACCCAAUCUAUAGUGUUGUUAUUGAUAGCAAAACAGGGGCGUUAAAGAAACCUAAUCCAGCGAGGCUAGCAGCAUCACUGCGACCCACUCCCAAAGACAACUCCCACUCGUUCUUCUUAGUAGUUGGAAAAAAAGGUGCACGAUGCUUUACCGAUAUUGAUGGUGAUCGUAUCGGUAAAGCAGAGUGGCGACACAAGGCAGGAGUCACACAAGUUGCUCAGUUGGUCGAGCACAUGGGUUCUCGUGCCCUUGUCGUUGUAACCGAAAAAAACGAGGUCUUGACGUACUCGUUGCCCCAACUUGAACAUCUUCAUGACUUUGAGCAUGCUCUGACGUCGUCUCCGCUAUUGACUAUUGAUGAGAGUGGAGACUUCGUCUCCUGGGCUCGAAGCCCCAUAUCGGGAAUCAUCGAUAGCGCUACAUAUGGAACCCUAUUCGACAUCCGUCGCUUGCAUGCCCCUGCAGACCUCGAUUUCACAAACAUCAAUCGGAACCUCGCUGCCCAACCACAACCUGUCUCCCUUGGGCCUGUGUCCCUGAUGGGAUCCUGGUUUCAAACUGCCCAAGCUUUGACUGGUGCACAGAUUGACGAUAUCUUGGGCGGCCCUGACAGACCCACUCCCAAGAAACCGCGGGACAGGGAGGCAACUGAAGACGCGGCAAUGUCGGCGGAGGCCGGGGUGGCAAGUACGGCGGGGUCAGCUGCGGCGAGUAUUGCUGCCUCGGCGGCAGCAGCACAAGCCAACAUAUAUAAUCGAUUAACCUCCGCGCUUGGUGAGCGAGGUCAAUUGCUAGGGAACCUGGAAGAGAGCUUCAGUGCGCUCGAAGCUGGAAGCAAAAGCAUGGUAGCGCAGGCGAAACGGCUGGCGGCUCAACAGACAACAAAGUCGUGGUUUGGCCUCUAA